CCGCGCCCGUUGGAUCCAAAUGGCCCGUGCACCAACCCGUUGGUGCUGCUCUCGAUUGACCACUGAACGUCCAAUGUCAACUCAGAUAUUCUUAUGAUCAACUAUUGACAAAAUCUAGCCUCAGCUCUCUGACGACCCUUGCCCAGCCCGCAUCAUUCGCUUCAAGGGCCACUAUCUUGCGCCGCAAGUUUUCGAAGAAAGUGCACCUUCUCAUGCCCUUUGAUGGACAUAUAAGCAUCUCAUCAUGGCUUCCCUGAGAGCGGCGCGUUGCGCCAUCACACCCGGCCUGCGCCAAUCCAUCGGCGGGCUCGUCAACAGCAGCGUCGAAGCUACCUCACAAGUAGUCGUUUCGUUGCACUCGAUGAACGCGACGGGGAAUUGGACAGGCACCAUCGUGUUCUCGGCCUUGCUCAUCUCUCUGUGCAGAGCGCCGCUUCAGUACUAUGCCAGACGCGUCGUUGAAAGACAGGGAGAAAUCGCACCAUUUAUGGCCGCCUGGAGUCACGAAAUUCGUGGGACCCGUCUCUCAAGGGCCAUACAACUAGCCAAGAUUCGGAAACGAAUGCUCAAAGAGCUGGGGGCCCAGAACUGGAAGACUUGGGCCCCAGCACUCGGCCUGCCCAUAUGGUAUCUCAUGUCUGAAUCUCUGAGGCGUCUUUGUGGUGCAAACAGCGGACUUCUAUCCUUGCUCACUGGCAACUACAAGAACCAGGAGGUUUUAGCCGGUGUCGCCUCGACUUCCGUGUCGGAACAGGCAUCAACAGCAGCUUCUUCGUCUGCCGAUGCUGUAUCUAGCAACCUGGAUUCACUAAGCUAUGUUGCGGAAGGCAUGGCAAAUGGUGGCGUGCUAUGGUUUACCGACCUCACGGUAGCCGAUCCAACAAUAUUGUUGCCUGCUAUGCUGAUGGGCACUCUGGGCUGGUUAACGAUGCCAAAAGGCGAAAUGAGGAAGUAUGUAUUCAACCUUUCAACGUCUGAGCAGAAUGUGCCUCCGGGUCUGAGAUGGCGAAUUCGCCUCCAAAGAGGUCUACUUCUCACGGCAGUCUUAAUUCCCGCACUUUGUAUCAACUUGCCAGCAGGCAUAUUUGUCUACUGGAUUUCUUCAAUGAUCUUCUCCCAGAUCUCUGUCAAGAUUAUGGACAAAGUACGCGGCAAACACGACCCUUGGAGGCCGUCCCCUCAUUACGAGCGCUUUCACUUGCGGGGCGUGUAG